CCAUUUCCCAAUCAAUAAAACCGAAAAGAAAAACCAGACCCUUAUUUUUCACCCACUAGGGCUUUCUCUUUCUCUUUUUCAUUCAUAGAAAAAUCAAAGGAAAAAAAUAUAAAAAAAGAUGAGUGCUGGAGCAGCUUGCAGGGCUUGGAUUGUGGCAACAAGUAUUGGAGCAGUUGAGGCUCUGAAAGACCAAGGAGUUUGCAGAUGGAAUGGGCUUCUGAGGUCACUGCAUCAACAUGCCAAGACCAACAUCAGAUCAUAUUCUCAGGCCGUGAAACUCUCUGCCACUUCUUCUGCAGCCAUUUCUAAUCAGAUCAAGAGGUCAAAAGAGGAGAAGCUCAGAAAAGUCAUGGAAUUGAACUGCUGGGGUCCUAAUACUGUUAGAUUUUAGAUUAUUAGAGUAAUAUAGUAAAUUUCAUCCCCCCGAUCCCCCUUUCUUUGAUCCAUGAAUCCACACGGGUUAUUUCAAUUCUAAAUUAUUAGUUAUUUUUCUCUACCCAGUUUGUAAUCAAGAAUUUUUGCUUAGUGCAAAAGUUUUCAUUUUGGAA